AUGAGUAUGAAACAGACAUCGUUAGAAAGUUUCCUUGGGAAGAAAAAAAGGCCCAGUGAACAGACAGAAGAAGAGCCUUCAACAUCAAAGAAACAUGCAACUUUUAACAGACAAUACCAUGAGUCCUAUUUGAAAUACGGAUUUAUCGGGACAGGUGAUUCCCACGCAUCAAAACCGCUCUGCAUAGUUUGCGGCGAGAAGCUCUCUAAUGAGGCAAUGAAACCUUCAAAACUGCUUCGCCACUUGACCGCCAAGCACCCUGGCAUAAAAGACAAGCCCCUGGAGUAUUUUGAAAGAAAAAAAACGGGAGCACGAAGCACAGAAGAUAUUUAUGAGGGCCACCACAUCAAUAAAGGAGAAUGCACUGAGAGCAUAAUAUUUGGUGGCUAACCGCAUUGCUAAGGCUAAAAAGCCAUUUACUAUUGGUGAAGAAUUGAUCUAGCCCUCCACUAAAGACAUUUGCCGUGAACUUCUAGGAGAGGCUGCUGUGGAGAAGAUAGCACAUGUGCCUUUGUCAGCUAGCACUGUGACUAGGCGCAUUGAGGAAAUAGCCGAAGACAUUGAGGCACAAUUGUUGGAGAGGAUUAAUACAUCACCGUGGUAUGCACUCCAGGUUGACGAAUCUACAGAUAUCAACAACAAGGCACUACUACUAGUUUAUGUGCGAUAUCUAUAUCAGGAGGAUGUGCAUGAGGAUUUGUUAUGUGCACUAUCUUUGCCAACCAACACCACAGGAGCAGAACUGUUCAAGUCACUGAAUGGUUAUAUAUCAGAAAAACUGAAAUGGUCCUUUUGUGUCAGCAUAUGCACAGACGGAGCUGCUGCCAUGACCGGACGACUGUCUGGUUUAACUGCUCGGAUUAAGGAGGUUGCACCUGAGAGUGAAUCUACGCAUUGUUUCAUUCACAGAGAAAUGCUGGCAAGCCGAAAAAUGUCACCGGAAUUUAACAGCGUAUUGAUGGAUGUCGUUAAAGUUAUUAACCACAUCAAAGCACACGCACUUAACUCGCGCCUGUUUGAGCAGCUUUGUGAGGAGAUGGACGCAGAGUACAGAUGCCUUCUCUUAUACACAGAAAUAAGAUGGUUAUCCAGAGGAAAAUCGCUAACCAGAGUAUUUGAAUUACGAGAGCCAUUGCAAAGAUUUCUCUCAGAAAAGAAGUCACCGCUGGCAGCACAUUUCAGGGACAAGGUAUGGGUCGCAAAACUGGCUUACCUGUGUGACAUAUUCAGCCUGCUCAAUGAACUCAAUCUGGGCCUUCAGGGGAAAAUGACAACUGUUUUCAAGUUGUCAGACAAAGUAGCUGCAUUUAAAGCCAAACUGGAGUUGUGGGGACGGCGCGUGAACAGAGGCAUUUUGGACAUGUUUCAGACAUUAGCAGGGAUUGUAGGCGAGACUGAGCUUGAACAUUCAUUCUGCCAGUUGGUGCACGAUCACCUGUCUUUGCUUUAAAAGAGUUUGAGCGCUACUUCCCAACCACAAAAGACCCACGAACUGGUAAGGAAUGGAUCUGCGACCCAUUUGCCAACAAAUCAGGCGAAUCUAGCAUGUCUAUGCAAGAAGAAGAACAACUGCUGGAGAUUGCAAAUGACGGUGGCCUUAAAACUACGUUCAAGACAACAACUCUGCCGAUGUUCUGGUUUAAAGUCAUGGCGGAAUACCCUGAGAUUGCCACCACAGCACUUAAAUCCCUAUUGCCAUUUCCGACAACCUAUCUGUGUGAAGCGGGGUUUUCUGCAGUGACAGCAACCAAAACAAAACAACGGAAUAAACUGGACAUAAGCAACACACUUCGGGUGUCAUUGUCUCCUAUUACCCCCAGAUGGAACCGUCUUGUUGCAAAGAAACAAGCUCAGGGUUCUCAUUGA